AUGGUUGCAAAAUCCGUUCCCAAACCGAAGACGCAUAAACCAGCCUCAAAGAAAAAGCAAGUCCUCAAGUUCAGUAUAUGCAUUUCACCCGGAGUUAUUGAUGAAGAUAUAGUUAGCCCUAGUUUACUUGAAAAAUAUUUAAAGGAACACAUAAAAGUAGAUAAUAAGCUUAAUAAUCUUGGGAAAGAUGUUCACAUUGAACGUGACAAAUCAACCAUACAUGUCACCGCAAACAUCCCUUUUUCGAAAAGGUAUCUUAAGUAUCUGACAAAGAAAUUUCUCAAACGUCACAAACUGCGAGAUUUCCUUCGCGUGGUAGCGAAAUCAAAGGAUUCUUAUGAAUUUCGGUUCUUCAACUUCGAAAAUGAAGAUACAGACGAUGAAGAGGAGAACUAA